AUGCCGACGGCUGCCAUGGGCACCUCAGGGCAGCUGGGCAUGGCUGGAUAUGCGCAGUACGCCGCAGGCCAGUAUCCAGGAUAUGGUGCAUCCUACGGAUACACGGAUCCGUAUGGAAGGCCGUAUGGUGCCAGCAUGGGCGAGCAGGUACCAGCAGGCUACCAGGCACCGCCGCCGCCUCCUCCGCCAGGUGUUCCAGGAGGAGCCGUUGGCGGGGCCUCGUACAUGCAUGGUCCAUUGACAGAUCACGACAGACUCGCGGAUGAGCGCGACAAGGCUCGUAGACGUUUAGAAGAUGAAGCGCGGCUUCGAAAUGAGGAACUUCAUCGAAAAGCUGAAACUGAACGAGCCACAGCUGCGGUCCGCCAUGCAAUCAACAACCUUCAAAACGGACAGUUCGACUCGAUUGAUGGGCUUCUGAAGACCUUGGAGUCCGUGGCGGCGAGGGACCUGUCGAAGACCGAAGGUCUGCAGCAGAUCCUGAAGAAGGACAUGGACAAGGCCAUCGAAGAAGCUCAGCAAAGGCGAGCAGUGAUGGCCGAAUUGAAGUCCAUGGUCAGGAGUGGUGAGGACCACAUCAAGGCCACAGCCGAGCUGAUUCGCGAGAAUGUGGGGCUGCAGAAGGAAAACGACAGGGAAGACAUGAACGACCAGCUCGAAAACGCCGGCCUGGAGGCCCAAGGCAUGAGCGACCGGUACCAGUCGUUCAUGGACGAGAAGGCGAAGGAGCAUGAGGAACUCCAGAGCUUCACCAAGGGCCCUGCCUUAGUUGAUCUGCGCCUCGUCAUCGCGAAGAUCAAGAAGCUGAGUAGCGACUUGACAAUGACAGCCACGAAUGCUGCCAGCGUCGUGCGGGAGGGCAAGCAGAAGUUGGCACGUCAGGAGGCGGCCGUAGCGCGAACCAAGCGCAUGCAGGAACUCUUCGACCAGUACGAUGCCGACAGCGACGGCUGUUUGUCUCAGCUGGAGGUCCUCCAGUACUCCCAAGGUGAGUUUGAAUUCACCCCUGCAGAGUCCUGUCUAGAGCGGCUCUGGCGAAACUGGGUGCCAGCAGGCAUGGCUGGCAUCACUUUCGACCGCUUCCAGCAAAUGAAGGUGGCGAUCGGCACGGCCCGCGUCAUUGAGCGGGACCAGGAGAGAAGACCAGCCGGCGUUGCUUAG